UCAGUUUUAGUUCAGUCAGUCCGUCAUCAGGGAAAAAAGAAAGAAGGCUGCGAAAAGUUUCGUUCGUUUGCCCGAAAUUUCAGCUUUUAUUUUGGAAAAGGUUUUCUCCCCGUUUCGAGUCGCGCUAGUUUCGAACUCCCGCGGAUCUGGUCCCGCCGUCAAAUUGUGCGUGUGUGCUGCAGUGGCCCCGGAAGUGGGUGAAAAUUGCGGAAAAGUGCUGGCACCUUCGGGUGUGGAAAAUUAUUAUUCGACCGUGAGAGUGGGUGAGGGAGGAGCGAAGAGGAGAAGGAGGUGGUGGAGCAGCAGCAGUGCAGGAAAGAAAAAGAAGGCCAAAUUUUUACAGUGUGGUGGCAGCCUACUUGUCUUGUUUCGUGCCUGGGAGAGAGGGUGACGACGACGUUGUUGUUUUUCUGCCUGCUGCCUCUGCUUCUGCCCCUUGGUGACGAAUCCGAGUGUGCUGUGAGAGUGAAAAUCCGAGUGUGAAAUACUUAUUUUGCUGCUAAACAAAAGUCAUCGCGACUGGGAACAAAGCAAGCGAGUUCUCGAGUAAAGCAAGAGGAACCUUUUUGAGUCUUUUAUUGCCUCAGAACCCGCGUUCCGGAGUGACCACAACAGGAAGAAGUUAGGUAGAUCGAGCAAAAAAAAAAAAAAAGAUGGAUUCCGACGACGAGAGUUUCGACGAGCACGACUCGGGUAAUGUGUCCAGCGGGGACGACGAUUUUGCGAUGGAUGUGGACAUAAACCAACCCGCCCGGAGCCAGCAGGAAGAGGACUACCCGUUCGAGGUGCUGACCACGGAGGAGAUCGUCCAGCAUAUGGUGGAUUGCAUCAAGGACGUCAACACCGUGGUCGAGAUUCCCGCCACCACGACCCGCAUCCUGCUGAACCACUUCAAGUGGGACAAGGAAAAGCUGAUGGAGCGGUUCUACGACGGCGACCAGGAGAAGCUGUUCAAGGAUGCACACGUGAUCAACCCGUUCCGGAAGCCCAGCACAGUCAGCAAGCCAAAGAUCAAAAAAUCUGGAACGGAAGAUUGUGAGAUCUGCUACUCGUCAUUUCCGCCCAGUAUGAUGACUGGGCUGGAGUGUGGUCACCGGUUCUGCACCCAGUGCUGGCAGGAGUACCUGACCACGAAGAUCGUCGAGGAGGGCCUCGGGCAGUCGAUCGCCUGUGCCGCCCACGGCUGUGACAUCCUCGUGGACGACGUGACCGUGAUGCGGCUCGUCCAGGACUCGCGCGUCAAGCUCAAGUACCAGCACCUGAUUACGAAUAGCUUCGUCGAGUGCAAUCGACUCCUGCGCUGGUGCACGUCCGCCGACUGCAACUACGCGAUCAAGGUGCAGUACGUGGACCCGCGUCCGGUGACCUGCAAGUGUAACCACAUGUUCUGCUUCGAGUGCGGUGAAAACUGGCACGAUCCGGUGCAGUGCCGCCUGCUGCGGAAGUGGAUCAAAAAGUGCGACGACGACUCGGAGACGUCCAACUGGAUCGCGGCCAACACGAAGGAAUGUCCCAAGUGUAACGUCACGAUCGAGAAGGACGGCGGCUGUAACCACAUGGUUUGCAAGAAUCAAAACUGCAAGUACGAUUUCUGCUGGGUUUGUUUAGGAUCCUGGGAGCCACACGGUUCGUCCUGGUACAACUGCAACCGUUACGACGAGGACGAAGCACGCGCCGCUCGUGACGCCCAGGAAAAGUUUAGAUCAUCGUUAGCCAGAUACUUGCACUACUACAACCGUUACAUGAAUCACAUGCAAUCGCUGAAGUUUGAACACAAACUGUACGCCUCGGUCAAGGCCAAGAUGGAAGAGAUGCAGCAACACAACAUGUCCUGGAUUGAGGUCCAAUUUCUGAAGAAGGCCGUCGACAUUCUGUGCCAGUGCCGCCAGACGCUGAUGUGCACGUACGUGUUCGCGUACUACCUGCGCAAGAAUAAUCAGUCGAUGAUAUUCGAGGAUAAUCAAAAGGACCUGGAAACUGCCACGGAGAAGCUCUCCGAGUAUCUGGAGCGGGACAUUACGUCGGAGAAUCUGGCCGACAUCAAGCAGAAGGUGCAGGACAAGUACCGAUACUGCGAAAAGCGUCGGAAGGUUCUGCUCGAUCACGUGCACGAGGGCUACGAAAAAGAUUGGUGGGAUUACACCGAUUGAUAAAGUGUUGUGAACCAUCGGAAAAUACACUCUCUCACACACACACACACUCGUAGAAUAUUUUGACGCACUCAAGAAAGCAGAUGAGAGGUAUAUAAAAAAGCAGCAGCAGUUAUGAAAAGAUGAAAAAAAUUACACACACAUAAAAAAUAAAACAAAUCUAUAGACAAAUAUCUAUACUGGCGGCGAUAUCCAGCUGGAUAAAACAAUAGCAAAAAAGGUAAAAAAAAAAACAAACAAAAAUCUGUAAGUAUUUCAACACUUAAACGGGGCGUACUUUUACGUUCGCAGCGUACGUCCUUCGUCAGAUUAUUUAGCCGAAGAGAAAGGAGAGACAACAAAUAGUGUUUAUGAAAUAAUAAAAAAAUCGUUGUUAUUUAUCUGUUCUUUCUGAUUCGUCUCUCAUUUCGCUCUGUACCAAAUUAGCGCUGGUUCCCAAACUCUUGUUGAAAGCGAAACACACUUUUCCUCCCGUAGUUGAUCGAGGUUUAGAAGUAGAGUGUCAAUCACACAUUUGAGAGAGACCUUCGGAAAGAAGCUUCCGUUGCAAUAGGAACACGUACCGAAUGUAAUUGUGAUCAGAAAAGAAAAACAAGCAACUGCAAGUCAAACAUCUCCAACUUUUCAUUUUUUAACCGUACGAAAUAACUUUGCUCUGAAAAAACAACAAACAAAUUAACCUCCGGCUAAUUUGGUAUUUGCCCAAACUUGUAAACGUCUCACUCACGCUGUGUUUGUUGAAUAACUAAGAAGAAAAAAAUAGUCUUUUAGCUUUGCACCGUGUUAUUAUUAUUUCUUUUAUCUCUUAGCUCUUUUGAAAUGAUUUUCAUAUAUUUAUUACUAAACCAAAUGCACUUUGCGGCAUUUGCCUACCUUGCUCCCAAUGCCCCAUCCCCUCAAAACAGUUCUGUCUCUUUAUUGCCCCCCCUGCCUAGCUUUAGCAUGCUUGAAACGGAUUUAAGCAGACAAUGAAAUCAAGUAAACAGAAAAAAAAUCAAUAAAGAAAACUCUUUGAAAAGUGAUAUAAAAUUUUAACGAAGAAAAAAAAAACAGAUAACAAAAACAGAUUAUAUAUUAAAGUGAUGUGACAGAAUAUAUAAAACAAAAACCGGAGAAAAGAGAAAAGUAAGCAUUAUAGGAAGAUGAUGAAGCGGAAGAAGAAAAAAAGUAACCAAUUAUAUAACGGAAUGGAUAUGUUAGAAAAAAAACGGUAAUUUUCUCAUUAUUUUGUCUCAUUUCGUUAACUCAGAAGGUAAGCAACAAGGACAAGGUUAAAAAAUGAAACACACACACACGCAAUGUAAAACCCGAUCGGAUCAAAGAGCAGAAUAAAUAAGAGCUAAAUUGAAUUAGUUUCCUA